GACAGUACGGUAGAGCUGCGCUGCAUUGUGGGACAUAAAAUAAAGAUGGCAGCGGGCAUAGAGAGCAUGUCGAAGUGACGAUAACAUAUAUUUUUGUCAUUAUAUCUUCGACAAUAAGUAUUUCCUGCUGUUGUAAAGUGAGAAUCAUCUGAUGCAGGUUUGCUACUGAGCACGGAAACAGAAGACUGAAGAUGUUUGCUCUCGGAGGUUUGUUGAGAGUUGGAUCGACCUUCUUUCAGUCUGCGGGAUCUCUGCUGCUCCCAGUCAGGACCAUUUCUACAGGGACUUGCUGCCAGAUCAGGAUGCAUCCCAUCCCUCAGCCUAAACAAGUGGACAGGUGGAACGAGAAGAGGAGCAUGUUUGGAGUUUAUGACAACAUCGGCAUCUUAGGGGACUUCAAAGCCCAUCCUAAAGACCUCAUUAUGGCCCCCUGCUGGCUGAAAGGUUUCAGAGGUAAUGAGCUGCAGCGCUUGAGUAGGAAAAAGAAGAUGGUGGGAGACAGGAUGACGACUCUGGACAAACACAACUUGGAGAAGAGGAUCAGAUUCCUCUACAGACGCUUCAACCGCACUGGAAAGCAUCGCUAACGCUGCAACAAGCCUCACUCAACAAGGACUGUCAGUGAAUUCAUCAUAUCACUGUGUUAUGCUGAUCUAAUUAGAAAAUAACUUGCAGCCAUUGUGUACGUUUAGGUUUUGGACCUAAUGAAGAUUGUUCAAAAGCCUGGAAGUACACCGAAAGUACAUCAUAACAUGAUAAUUAAAAUGGGUUUUUACACUUGCAUUCAUUUUAAACCUGAUUUAUUUUUUCCUGCUUAGGCUGGUGGGAUUAGACCAAAGGCUCAGUGGUCCAGAUGGACAUACACCAUCAGACAAAAAGACACAUGUGCCUGUCAUUCUGAAACUAUAUAUUCCCCCUUAAAUUGCUUAUUAAGGUUUUAAAUAAUUAGGUCAGUUUUAAAGAUAAUUCAUUGCAAUUAAAGGUAAAAUUGUGUGUAGCUACAUUAAAAAUAAUAACACUGAGUUUAUAUUCCUCUAACUGUUUCUGUUUCUAUUUGUGACUUCAGUGGUAAUACUGACCAUUCUGCUCCAAAUCAAAGAAUGAAGAAAAAUGGCUGCAUUUUUUCUGACUCUAUAGAAAGUGAUAAAAUUAGGCUGCUCAAAGACCGACGGUGUCAGCAUUUUUCUUAAACAGACACAGUAAUUGUAUAGAAUAUUAAAUACUUGAACUAAUGGGGCCACUGCAUAAUUCCUGUUGGCCUGAAGUCAAGAUCCUGCUCCUUUACAGGUGAUUUGGAGCCAUUCACUUGUUGAAACUUUCAUUUGUUAUGAGGAAACUUGUUCUCUUCAAGUGUCUGGUUGUUCUCACUGAUCUUCAAUCUGUCAUAUUGGUAGAUUGACUCAAUAAUCUGAGAAACGUCCCCAUAGCGUGAUGCAUCAGCAGCCAUGCUUCACAGUGUAAUCUUUGGUUACAUGUUGUAUCUAGAGAAAAGGACAGAGAAAAUAAUAAUUUAUCAUUUGUCGAUCCAUGUUUGAUAGAUGUUGACCUUUUUUGAUCAGCCUGGAAACAUGACCUGUUUCUACAAGAUGUUCUCGCUACAUUUCCUGGCAUUUAGCUAAUAGAAAUAGUUUUGGUAAUUCUAACUAAGUCAAAGCAAGAAAAGUUUGGUCUGAUUUAAAUUCAGACUGUCAGAAAAAAAAUGUAUUUGUCUAAAUAUUUGGUUUUACAUGUACAUCACACAUCAGUGAGAUUCUGACAUAAGCAGGACAUCCCGACUCUCAUCAUUGCUUAGUCUGCAUAUAUUUAAAGAAAUUCUAGUUAAAAUUCA